AUGGCACUGGUAGUGUUGUUGGUACUUCUUUUGCCAUACCACACUGCACAUAAGGCACGUUCUCAGAAGUGCAGCGUACAUGAAGAUCUUCUUCCUAUUCUUCACGGAUUUUUCCAGCCAGGUGACUUUGUUAUUGGUCAGAUUGCUGCUCACAUCCACUUCUUCCAUGAAACUCCCACUUUCCAAGAUCAGCCUAAGCAGAUGCUGAAAGUAGAAAAAAUAGCAUCAUUUGCAGUGGAUGCAACCAAAAUCCAUCCAUAUAUUCAGAACAAUGAGAUAGCAGACUGCACAAGUGAUGAACAUAUAUGCUACUAUCUUGCAAAGAUGACUUACAAAGCCACACUGAACCUGCUUUCAACACAGCAUGAUUUUUUCCCCAACUUCAAGUGUGAUUCUCUAAAAAAUCUGCUGGCAGUCAUUGGAGGGCUUGUCUCUGCAACCUCUGUCAACAUGGCCCAUAUUUUAAGUAUCUACAAGAUUCCACAGCUCACUUAUGGAUCAUUUUCAACAGUGCAAGAUAACAAAAUGCAAUUCCCUUCCUUAUACCAGAUGGUCCCAAAUGAAGCCUAUCAGUACUUGGGAGUUGUACGUUUAUUUCAACAUUUCAGAUGGACGUGGAUUGGGCUUAUGGCUAUGGAUGAUGACUAUGGGGACAGGUUUUUGCAAGCAGUGGUACCUUUGCUUUCUCAGAAUAAGAUUUGUUAUUCCUUCAUACUUAGAACACCAAAGGCGAUGUUUAUGGAGGAAUUAUUAGAACCACUUAUUAGCUUGCAGGAGAAGGUAGACUCGCUUAUGGAGAGUAAAGCCAAUGUAUAUUUUGUUCUUGGAGAGCCUCCAACCCUGAAUCUAAUGAGAACAAUACUGUCUACAUCACUGCUGGGUAAAGUCUGGAUUGUUACAUCUCAAUGGGAUUUUGAUUCAUUGAAUCCUGAAACGAUGUCCAUUAUAAAUGUUUUACAUGGUGCCAUAUCAUUUGCUGUUCAUUCCAGUCAGCCACCAGGAUUUCAAACUUUCCUUCAGACAGUAAAACCUUUCUGGCAAAGACAGGAUGGCUUUAUCCAGGAUUUCUGGGAGCAAGUGUUUGUUUGUUCCCUGAAUGAUUCCAAGAAGAGUGACAGUGGGAGAAUCUGCACCGGGGAAGAAAAGCUGGAGAGCCUUCCUGGGACUUGGUUUGAAAUGAGCAUGACUGGUCACAGCUAUAAUGUCUACAAUGCUGCCUAUGCCGUAGCACAUGCUUUGCAGUUCAUGUACACGUUCAGAUUCAAACACAGAAAAUUAGUAGAGGGAGGGAGGGAGGCAAUUCACCCUGUGGAGCCAUGGCAGCUCCAUCAUUUCCUGAGAGGUAUUUGUUUCACCAACAGUGCUGGAGACACUGUGCAUUUUAAUGAAGAUGGAGAAUUAGUGGAAGGAUUUGAUGUGACAAACUGGGUAACAUUCUCAAAUGGCUCUUUUAUUAGAGUAAAAGUUGGAAGACUGGAUCCUCAAGCUCCUCAGGGCCAAGAGUUAAUUGUUAAUGAUGAUCAAAUUGUGUGGCAUAGAAACUUUAAUCAGACAUUGCCCCGUUCUGUGUGCAAUGAAGGUUGCCACCCAGGUUACAGCAAGCAAAAGAAGGAAAGAGAACCAUUUUGCUGCUAUGAUUGUGUUCCCUGCCCAGAAGGGAUGAUCUCUGAACAGAGAGAUAUGGAUGCCUGUGUGGAAUGUCCCCACGAUCAUUAUUCCAACAAGCACCAAAGCCAUUGCAUCCCCAAAUCCAUAAUAUACCUUUCUUACAAAGAACCAUUAGGGAUCACUUUAGCUAUACUGGCUAUUGCUUUAUUUUUGAUCACAACUCUGGUGUUUGGAAUCUUUAUAAAGCACAAGAACACUCCUAUAGUCAAGGCCAACAACCGGAGCCUCACCUAUGUUAUUCUCACGUCCCUUCUUCUCUGCUUCCUCUGUUCCUUGUUCUUCAUUGGACAACCUGACAAGAUAACCUGCCUUCUACGACAAACUAUUUUUGGCAUUGUCUUCUCUGUGGCCCUUUCCAGUGUGUUGGCCAAAACCAUCACAGUGGUUCUGGCAUUCAUGUCUACCCAUCCAGGAUCCAGGAUGAGGAAAUGGAUGGGGAAAAAAAUGGCUAACUCAAUUGUUCUUUCCUUCUCUUGUAUUCAAGCAGCUAUUUGUACUCUCUGGCUAAGUACUUACCCUCCAUUCCCAGAUAUGGACAUGGAGUCACUGCAUGGGGUAAUCAUAGUGGAAUGUAAUGAGGGCUCAGCUGUCAUGUUUUACUGUGUCCUGGGCUAUAUGGGUCUCUUAGCCAUUAUCAGCUUCACAGUUGCUUUUCUUGCCAGAAAGUUGCCUGACAGUUUCAAUGAAGCCAAACAUAUCACUUUCAGUAUGUUGGUCUUUUGCAGUGUGUGGUUGUCCUUUGUUCCGACCUACGUGAGUAUCAAGGGGAAAUCCAUGGUAGCUGUGGAGAUCUUUUCCAUUUUGGCCUCCAGUGCUGGUUUACUGUGCUGCAUUUUUUCCCCAAAAUGCUACAUUAUCUUGCUGAGGCCCGAGGUGAACAGCAAGGAGCAGUUAAUACGAAAAAAAUAA